AUGUCAGAGGUUGUAGAAUACUCCCAGAAAGAAAUUUGGCUGCACAAUAGCGCAGAAGAUGCGUGGAUGGUCAUUCAUGGAGAAGUCUACGAUGUGACAAAGUAUAUCCAGAGCCAUCCUGGUGGUGUAGACGUGCUCAUAGAGGCAGCUGGCACCAAUGCUAGUGAGGCUUUCGACAAUGCCGGCCACUCAGACGAUGCCUUCGACUUAAUGAUGCCACUACGAAUAGGCAAACUCAAGGGAUACAAAGAAAUAAAAGCGAGAAUCGCACUUGCCAACCCAUCAACGCCUCCGAAACGCUAUACUUCAUCAACUACGAAGAAAGCCAUGUCUAGCACCACCAAGUACACCAUAGUUUCACUUGGCACUGCUGCCUUAUACUAUGGCCUUACUACCUACGGCGUGAAUCGCCAUCUGAUGUCUCAAGCCUCAUCAAUUGGCAAGAAUCUCAUCACAUUUGCGCCAAAGUGGGCUGCCUCUUCUGACACUGUUGUUGCUUCCACCUCCACAAAACCUAGUUUUGCGAUGGGAUUGCUAGUUGGAGCCGGUGUUCUAGCAUCAGUCCAUACUCUGAUUGUUCGUAGGCUGCUCAAGAUUGUCAUUUCCUUAGACUCACCAAAGUAUCCCUACCAUUUCAAGGUGCCAAAGACUCCCGAGUUCAAUCUUCUACAGCAAAGGGGAUGGCUAGACUCGGAGGCAGCUGCAUCUGCGAUUCCUCUAGCCAAAAAAGAGUUGGUGUCGCCAAAUGUAUACCGUCUAACAUUCACCUUGCCCUCUUCGCAUCCCAUACUUGGUUUGCCAACGGGCCAGCAUGUUGCCAUUACCGCAGUUAUUGACGGGGAAACUGUAACGCGAUCCUAUACUCCGACGUCGAAUAACGCCGACAAGGGCAUUCUGGAGCUCCUUAUCAAGAUUUACCCCAACGGGAAAAUGACAAAUGGCUAUUUAGCCAACCUAAACAUUGGCGAUGAGGUUCACUUCAGGGGUCCCAAAGGAGCGAUGCGAUACUCUCGGAAAUUAUGCAAGAAGAUAGGCAUGGUAGCUGGUGGCACGGGAAUUACACCUAUGUUCCAGAUUAUCCGGGCCAUCUGCGAAAGCGACCGUGAUACCACAGAGAUCAGUCUCAUCUACGCCAACCGAACAGAACAGGAUAUCCUUCUCAGGGAGGAGCUGGAUACUUUUGCUAGGCGAUACCCAAAGAUCUUCAAAGUUUACUAUAUACUUGAGAAUCAUUCUUCUGAGUGGAAAUUUGGAUCUGGCUAUGUAACGAAGGACAUGAUGGCUGAGAUGUUCCCUUCUCCGGGCGGAGAGGGAAGCAAAGUUAUGAUCUGUGGACCGCCUGCAAUGGUUAUUGCGGCCAAGAAGUCGCUUGUGAGCUUAGGGUAUAAGCACCCUGGAGGAAGUGCAAAGAUGAGCGACGAAAUCUUUGUCUUCUAA